AUGGGAGAUGUCAAUCGAGCUAGGUUGCUGGUGGUGACGCGAGUGGUAGAGAAGGAUGUGAAAGGUGAAAGCGGGUCGGGUUAUUCACGGGGCACUCGUUUUGGAGGAACGGGCUUCAAAGGUGGAUCGGGUGGGUCAAGCCGACCCGGAGGGACCGAAUGGGUUUGGGUCAAGGGAACAAAGGAAUCUGGGCCCAUGACUAAACCUCCAUUCAAUGGCCCAAAAGGAGAAAUAAAAAAUCAAGCAGAACCACGUCGGGUUGGGCCGCGUGAUAGAGACUUCUCCCAUCUUACUUACCCACAGUUACUUGAGAGGAGGCAAAAAGGGCAAUGUUUUAAAUGUGGAGGCCCAUACCACCCCUUGCAUCAAUGCCCGGACAAACAGUUGCGUGUCUUGAUAGUAGAAGAAGGGGAUGAAGAUAAUGAAGAAGGGGAUGUGCUCGCAAUUGAGAUGGACGAACAGGAGGAAGAAAUUCAAGGUGAAGUGAGCAUGAUGAGUUUCAGCAAUAUCGCUAAUGCGUCUCAGGAUCAACCACAAACUAUGAAGCUCCAGGGCACGAUUCGUGGAGUUCCAGUCCUUGUGUUGGUUGACAGUGGAGCGACCCACAACUUCAUCGACCUCAAGCUCGUUCAACGUAUGAGUUGGGAAAUUGAAGAUACGCCACGGAUGUCUAUUAAGUUAGGAGAUGGUUUUCAGACCCACGCGAGAGGCCGCUGUAAGGGUAUUGGCUUGGAGAUCGGGGACUACACUGUCAAUUGCACCCCGAACCUCUUCGAAUUGGGAGGUCCCAACAAGGUCCUGGGAAUCGAGUGGAUUAAGGCAUUGGGUGACACCAUGGUCAAUUGGGAAAAGCACUCGAUGCGCUUCUGGGAUGGCUCACGAUGGAUUAAGCUGCAGGGCCUUAACGCAGGCAAGGACUCGAUGGUAGCGCUACAACAAAUCUUGCGCAAGGAGCUUGGAAAAGAGACAGGAGUUCUCUCCCUCUUUGAGCCACAACGCCAGGGGACAAAAGGGAAUGAGUCGAAUCUUACCUUUGAUCAGCAGAGAGAGCUAUUGAAUUUGUUGGAUAAGUAUCGAGGAGUUUUCGAAGCCAAAAGCGGCCUGCCACCCAGCAGAGGUAGGGAGCACUGUAUUAAUAUCCAAGAAGGACAGGGUCCUGUUAAUGUCCGACCAUAUAGGUACCCACACUUGCACAAGAAUGAGAUUGAAAAACAAGUCCAGGAAAUGUUAUCUGCAGGAAUUAUCCGACCCAGCGCCAGUGCUUUCUCAAGUCCUGUUAUUUUGGUUAAGAAAAAGGACCAUACUUGGAGAGUGUGUGUGGACUAUCGUGCUCUCAACAAAGUGACAAUCCCGAAUAAGUUUCCCAUACCCGUUAUCGAGGAGCUUCUAGAUGAGUUGCACGGGGCGCAAUAUUUCUCAAAACUGGACCUUAAAUCGGGUUACCACCAAGUGCGAGUGCGAGCUGAAGAUGUCCAUAAAACAGCGUUUCGCACCCAUGAGGGGCAUUAUGAAUUCAUGGUAAUGCCAUUUGGACUCAUGAAUGCCCCCUCUACAUUCCAAAGUCUGAUGAAUGAAGUGUUUAAGCACAUGUUGCGUCGCGGUGUACUUGUGUUUUUUGAUGAUAUACUAGUAUACAGCAAGGAUUGGGCCAAUCAUCUUUCUCAGUUGGAACAAGUCCUGCAAGUUCUCCAUAAACAGGGGUUGACCGCAAAUCAAAAAAAGUGCAGCUUUACUCAAAGGACAGUGGAGUAUUUGGGACAUAUGAUAUCAGAACAAGGGGUGGCAGUUGACCCCAACAAGAUAGUCAGCGUUGUGAAAUGGCCAACUCCUACGAAUGUCAAGGGAGUGAGGGGAUUUCUGGGUCUUAGGAUACUAUAG